AAAGUCUGCGAAGUCAUGCACUGGGGCUACCUGGCAGUACUCACCGCCCUCUUUCCGCCGGUGGAAGGUCUCUCCGAUGUCAGCCGCAGCCGCCUCGCGCGGUGGGUGGUGCCGCUGCGGUACCGCCUGGACAUCGUGACGCGGAUCAACCAGCCCUAUCAGCCCUUCGGCGGAACGGUUGUCAUUGAGCUGCGAUCGGAGCGGCCCACCAAGAAACUGGUGCUCAACUCGCGCGACCUGGAGAUUCGCAAGAAGAAGGGCGUGAGCUUGUUGGCGAAGGGUGGCAAACCCGUGGCCGUCAGCCACUUUAGGUUGAAUGCGCCUCUCAGUCGGCUGUCUGUCUAUUUGAAGAGUGCCCUCACGGUCAACGCCACAUACUCACUGAAGAUAUCGUACACAAGUGUUUUGAGGAACGACAACAAUGGCUUCUACGGCAGCAGCUACGUGGACCAGAACACCACGCUCGCCCAGUGGCUGGCGGCCACCCAAUUCGAGCCCAAUCACGCCCGCGAGGCAUUCCCCUGCUUCGACGAUCCCAUUUUCAGGACUCCGUUCGAGAUCAACCUGGCCCAUCCGCAUGAGUAUCGAGCCCUGUCCAACAUGCCCGUCAAGCGGACCAUUCGCCACUCCAGCCUAGCCCACUUCGUGUGGACGCAGUUCGUGGAGAGCCAUCCCAUCCAGACGUACCUGGUGGCCUUCUCGAUCAGCAAGUUCGAGAAGCCGGGCUUUACGUCCAAGGAGCGUCCAGGCUGUCCCAUCAGCACAUGGGCGCGCCCAGAUGCCCUGUCGCAGACGGAGUUCGCCAACCAGCUGGUGGCGCCGCUACUCUCCUUCUACGAGCAGCUCUUCAACAGCAGCCUGAAGCUCAAGAAGAUCGACCUGCAGGCCUUGCCGAGCUUCGCCUACCGGGCGAACGAGAACUGGGGCCUGCCCACCUUCGCCGAGGAGGCCAUCCUGUUCGACAGCGAGCUGAGUUCGAUGGCCGACCAGCAGGGCGUGGCCCGGGCGGUGGCGGUGAUGGUGGUCCACCAGUGGUUCGGCAACCUGGUGUCCGUGGUCUGGUGGCACCAGAUCUGGCUGAAGAACGCCUUCGCCCUGUACCUCUCCCGCUUCGGGGUGCACGCCCUGCGUCCGGAGUGGGACUACAAGGAGCGCCAUGCCCUGCAGCUCUAUCUGGAGGUGCUGGACCACGAUGCCCAUGUGAACACCGACCUGGUGGCCCAGCUGGUGGCCGAUGAAACGGACAUUUGGUCGGCCUACAAUGAGAUCGGGGAGCGCAAGGCGGCCGUGCUCUUCGACAUGCUGCACCGCAUCAUGGGCGACGAGGCGUGGCGGGCGGCGGUGCGUCGCUACCUGGUGAUCUAUGCCAAUCGCAGUGCCACCGCCUCGGACUUCUGGGACAUCCUGCAGAUGCAGGUGGAUCGCAAUGGCCGUUUGGGCAAGGGCCUGAACAUCACCCGUACCAUGGAGUCCUGGCUGAUGCAGCCGGGCUAUCCCCUGCUCAGGGUCACCAGGAACUACGAUGACCACUCGGCGGUGGUGCGCCAGGAUCGCUUCUUCAUCAGUCCGCAGUUCAAGCACCGGGCGGCCAAGAAUCCCUGCUGGUGGGUCCCACUCACCUACACCUGUCCGAGUUGCCAGGAGCUGGACAGCUCCACCGCCAGUCGCUGGCUCACCUGUCCGCUCUACCCCAGCCGGGAAAUUCAAGUGCCAACUGUGCGGCUGGAGAAGGUGGUGGAGAGUGCCGGGGAGUGGCUGCUGCUCAAUGUCCAGCACUCGGCUCCGUUCCGCGUGGACUACGACCUGCGCAACUGGCAGCUGCUCAACGAAACGCUCUCCGAUCCGGUGAAAUUCCGACAGAUCCACCGCGUGAACCGAGCACAGCUGGUGGAUGACUUGUUCAACCUGGCCUGGAGUGGCGUCAUGGAGUACCCCAUGGCGCUGGGCAUUCUGGGCUACCUCGAGCACGAGGACGAGAACGUGGUGUGGGAUGCCACGCUGGUCAACUUCGAGCGGAUCGACAAUGUGGCCAAGAGGGAUCACAACUACCGGGUUUACAAGAGCUACAUGCGCCUCCUGCUGGAGCGCCAGUUCCAGCGAGUGCUCUCCCUGUACCUGUCCAACUCCUCGGGGAACAUGACCCACCGUCCGCUGAUCCUCCAGCUGGCCUGCCAGUACGAGGUGCCCGCAUGCGUGAGCCUGGCCCGUCGGGAGUUCGAGAAGGGCACGCCGGCGAAGGCCGGCUGGAUGACCAUCCGGGAGCGCGAGACGGUCUUCUGCACGGCGGUCAAGUUCGGCACCGAGGCGGAACGGGAGGCCGUGGAGUCCAUGUACCAUAACUCGAACUUUGCCGCCGAGCAGGAGUCCCUGCUGACCGCCCUGGCCUGCUCCCGCAACGCCUUCGCCCUGGAACGGGUGCUCAAGUGGACGUUCGAGAGUGUGGGCAUUCGCAGGCACAACGCCAGGAAGACCUUCAUGGCGGUGGUCUCCAACAGCGUGGGCUACAGCCUGGCCAUGAAGUAUGUGGCCACCAACAUGCAGUACAUACGCAACUACUGCAGCAACUCCACCAACAAGAUUGUGAACCUCCUGCGGCCGCUGGUCGAGCGACUGUCCAAUGCCAAGGAGCUGGACUUUUUCACCAACUACUUCAAGGAGAUCCUGCAGGAUAUGCACGGCAUGGACCAGAUGAUCCGGAUCCUUCUGGAGCGGGGCAGCGACAACAUCCACUGGCAGCGCACCAAGUUCCGCGCCAUGCUGAAGGCCAUCCGGGACAUUAUCCUGUGGAAAGGUCGGGAGAGCUAAGAGGGAAAUAUAAAAGGAAGAGGAUUGAGUAGUCCGAAAUGGAGUUUUCCAAGAGUAAUAUAUUUUAAUUACCAAAUUCAAUCACUAAAGUCCUAACCAGAAAUGUUUUCUUGUUUUAACUGUCUCUAAAAUAAUCCAAUAUCCACAUUUGGGUAACUUUCAUUGAACCAAAGUAAUAGAGCGUGUUAAUAAAACUAAUUCGGUUGUUAAAAAACGUUUAAA